ACCGCCACACGCCACAGACCCACUAGCGUUUGUCGCUGAGGACAGGAGGCCACACAAGCUUCACCUUCGAGUUCAACAGAUCGACCUCCUCAGCUUCUCUCUACUCUCAGAAUUUCAAACCAUGCUUCUCUCUCUCUCUCUUCCCCCCACUCUCUAGUCCACCGUUGCAAUUUCAUGGAUACUUUGCUCAAGACUCAUAACAAGCUUGAAUUUCUUCACCCACUUCAUGGGUUUGUUGAAAAAACCAGUGGUUUGAGCCCUUCAAAGCCUCACGGCCAUGAGCUUAAGUUUGUUCCCAAGAAACCUAAUCUUAAAUUGGGGAAGAAUUUUUCUCUGAAGGCAAAAAGUAGUGCCCUUCUGGAGCUUGUUCCUGAGACCAAGAAGGAAAACCUUGAUUUCGAGCUUCCCAUGUAUGACCCUUCAAAGGGCCUUGUGAUAGACCUAGCCAUUGUGGGAGGUGGCCCUGCUGGGCUCGCAGUAGCACAACAAGUCUCGGCAGCAGGACUUUCUGUGUGCUCUAUCGACCCAUCUCCCAAACUGAUAUGGCCCAAUAACUACGGUGUUUGGGUGGAUGAAUUUGAGGCCAUGGAUUUGCUAGAUUGCCUUGACACUACUUGGUCUGGGGCUGUUGUGUUUGUCAAUGAAAAGUCAACUAAAGAUCUUGGCAGACCUUAUGGGAGGGUAAACAGGAGGCAACUGAAAUCCAAGAUGAUGCAGAAAUGCAUAUUGAACGGUGUGAAGUUUCAUCAGGCCAAGGUUAUAAAAGUCAUUCACGAAGAAUCGAAGUCCUUGCUGAUUUGCAAUGAUGGCGUCACUAUCCAGGCUGCCGUAGUGCUUGAUGCAACUGGAUUUUCCAGAUGCCUUGUUCAAUAUGAUAAGCCUUACAAUCCGGGGUACCAAGUGGCUUAUGGGAUUUUGGCUGAAGUCGAAGAACACCCGUUUGAUGUUAAUAAAAUGGUUUUCAUGGAUUGGAGAGACUCCCAUCUUGACAACAAUAGGGAACUAAAGGAGAGAAAUAGUAGGAUUCCCACUUUCCUCUAUGCUAUGCCCUUUUCGUCCAAUAGGAUAUUUCUUGAAGAAACCUCCCUUGUAGCUCGACCAGGAUUGUCUAUGGAAGAUAUUCAGGAAAGAAUGGAGGCUAGGUUAAGGCACUUGGGCAUAAAAGUGAAGAGCAUCGAAGAGGAUGAGCAUUGUGUGAUUCCUAUGGGGGGCCCACUUCCAGUGCUCCCUCAACGUGUCGUUGGCAUUGGCGGAACGGCUGGAAUGGUCCACCCUUCAACUGGAUAUAUGGUCGCAAGGACUCUAGCUGCAGCCCCAAUCGUUGCCAAUUCCAUAGUCCGGUACCUUGGUUCUGAAAAAAGCAUAUUUGGAAAUGAUUUGUCAGCGGAAGUUUGGAAAGACUUGUGGCCCAUAGAGCGGAGACGCCAAAGGGAGUUCUUCUGUUUCGGUAUGGAUAUUCUCCUUAAGCUUGAUUUAGAGGGCACUAGACGGUUUUUCGAUGCUUUCUUUGACCUAGAACCUCGUUAUUGGCAUGGAUUCUUGUCUUCUAGACUGUUUCUUCCUGAGCUUUUAUUUUUUGGGCUGUCGCUUUUUUCACAUGCCUCUAAUACUUGUAGGAUAGAGAUAAUGGGAAAGGGCACUCUUCCUUUGGUGAGAAUGAUCAACAACUUAGUUCAGGAUAGGGAGUAAGAUCUCAUGGAAUGCUCUCUGUUGUAUGUUAUAGUUACGAUGAUUCUUCUUCCUCUUCAAAUUUUGCUUUGCGUAUACAUGUCACUUUUACAGUUUGACCUCCUGUUAAA